AUGUCUCUCUCAAGCAAAGGCCGGGACAAUGUCCUUUCCAGGGCUGAGAUUGAAGGCAUGAUUGCCGAGGACAAGUUGAUUAUCAUUGUUGACGACAAAGUACUCAGACUGGAUGCUUGGAUUAAAUUUCACCCUGGCGGUGACAUGGCCAUCAAGCACAUGGUUGGCAAAGAUGCUACAGAUGAGGUCAACGCACUGCAUUCACAGGAAGCGCGCCAGCGCAUGAGCAAAUUCCAGAUCGGCCGCAUCGAAGGAAGAUGGACCAACUUCCUCCCACCCAUCCAAGGCGGCACUUUCCGCCCGUAUAGCGAAAUCGAAGAAGAAACAGACGAAAUAGACUUGUUGAUCUCCGAAGUCUCAAGCGAAGAUGCUUCAGCUCCACCAUCCCCGAUUUUCGAACCAUCAGAAGACAUGUUCGGCUUAAGACGCAGGCUAUCCAUAUCCACGAUAUCCUCCUCGAUCAGUGUUACUCCUCUAUCAACCACAGAGGCCAAACGCCAAAUCUGCGUGAUUGAUGCGCGAACUCAACAGGAGAUCGAACUGGACGAGUCCAAGUAUCCCCCUCUCGAUGUCGAACAUCAAGAGUACAUCACCACAAAAUACCGUCAGCUCAACGAGCGCAUUCGCGCAGCCGGGCUUUACAACUGCAACUAUUCUGCUUACGCGGUUGAAAUAUGCCGAUAUUCAUUAUUUUUCGGUCUCUUUAUUUUCUUCUUGAAGCAGUCUUGGUUCUGUUUGUCCGGCUUGUUUCUCGGGUGCUUUUGGCACCAGCUCGUCUUCUCUGCCCAUGAUGCUGGCCACAUGGGUAUUACACAUGAUUUCCAAACAGACACAGUGAUCGGUAUGAUCAUCGCAGACUUUUUAGGUGGACUCAGCCUAGGCUGGUGGAAGAGAAGCCACAAUGUUCACCACAUCGUCACUAAUGCCCCAGAGCACGACCCUGAUAUCGAACUGAUGCCGUUUUUCGCCGUGUCGCAACGCUUCUUCAAGAGUUUGCGUAGCACCUACUACGAUCGGAUCAUGGAAUAUGACGCAGUGGCCAAGAUCACUGUUAAGUACCAGCACUACUUGUACUACCCAAUCCUCCUCUUCGGUCGCUUCAACCUCUACUACUUGAGCUGGGAACAUAUCUACCUCGGCCUUGGUCCCAAACACGGCGCGGGCUGGUGGCACCGGUGGUUUGAGCUCGCUGGCCAAAUCUUCUUCUGGACGUGGUUCGGUUAUGGUGUGCUCUACCUCAGCAUUCCUGGCCUUUGGAACAAGAUCGCAUUCGUUCUUAUCUCGCACAUGGUCACCGCUCCACUCCACGUGCAAAUUACACUCUCACACUAUGCCAUGUCCACCGCUGAUCUCGGCCCCCUUGAAUCCUUCCCUCAGCGAAUGCUUCGGACAACGAUGGAUGUGGACUGCCCGGAAUGGCUGGACUUCAUCCAUGGCGGUCUCCAAUUCCAAGCGAUCCACCACUUGUACCCUCGCAUUCCCCGUCAUAACCUGCGCAAAACGCAGAAGUUUGUCAAGGAGUUUUGUGAGGAUGUGAAGAUCCCCUACGCUGUCUUUACUUUUGUCGAUGGGAACAAAGAAGUUAUCGGUCGCCUUGCCGACGUCGCUCGCCAGGCGAAGAUUUUGGAGGAAUGCCGUAAGGCAUGCGCAGAGCAAGGCGUUUUUUCGGACCAUCACCAUUCCCAUUGA